GGGCGGGGGCGGCCGCUUCCUGGGGCCGCUUGUCCAGGGAGCGGAGCCUCGCCAAGCCCACAGGCUCGGAGCAGCCCGGACCCCGGGGGCCGCGGGGGUGGGCUCGGGGUCGCCCCAGCCUCAACUGCCAGGCCGAAGGCGAGGUCCGAGGGCAGAGAUGCCACUGGGGACCAAGGUCAGCCACGCUUCCUUCGGGAUGCUUCCUCUUGUCUCCUUCCUCCGGGGGCAGCUGCUGUUGCUGCUCCUUCUGGGCACCGCGUCUCCCCAGGACCCCGAGGAGCCGGACAGCUACAUGGAGUGUACGGACGGGUACGAGUGGGACGCAGAGAGUCAGCACUGUAAGGAUGUGAAUGAGUGCGAGACCAUCCCUGAUGCCUGCAAGGGGGAGAUGAAGUGCAUCAACCACUACGGGGGCUACCUGUGCCUGCCUCGCUCAGCUGCUGUCAUCAACGAUGUCCACUCAGAGGGCGGCCCCCCUCCCCGGCCCAGGCCCCCCAGACCUCCGGCCCCCGGCCCGCCUCGCCCCAAUCCCUGCCCACAGGGCUACGAGCCCGAUGACCAGGACAACUGUGUGGACAUCGACGAGUGUGAUCUCGAUCUCCACGACUGCCGUCCCAGCCAAGAGUGCCACAAUCUCCCCGGCUCGUUCCAUUGCUCCUGCCCCGAUGGCUACAGAAAGAUGGGCUCCGAGUGUGUGGACAUCGACGAGUGUCGCUACCGCUACUGCCAGCACCGCUGCGUCAACGUUCCCGGCUCCUUCACCUGCCAGUGUGAGCCCGGCUUCCAGCUGGGGCCCAACAACCGCUCCUGCGUAGAUGUCAACGAAUGCGAGAUGGGCGCCCCCUGCGAGCAGCGCUGCUUCAACUCCUAUGGGACCUUCCUGUGCCGCUGCAACCAAGGCUACGAGCUGCAUCGCGAUGGCUUCUCCUGCAAUGGUGACUGGCCCCCACUGCCCCCGGGGAGGCGCUACACAGGGCCCGGCCUGCUGGGCUCCGGACUCAGGGCCAUGGGAAGUGGGAGAACCAGAGAGCGUCAGGGCCGGAGUGGAACCGAGAACACAGAGCGGAGGGGGAGGCGUCUGGUGGAGCGCCUGGAGCCCCCCCCUCUCCAGGUGGGCCAGGCCCUGUGGGUCAGGGAGGUCCCAGUCGCCCGGCCCUUGGAUCUCCAAGCUCUUGGGAAGUCUUCGCGGUCCGCCAAUGACCGAGGCGACCUGCAGUGCCAGACAUUGGAAUCAGACCCCCCACCCCUCUCCAGUAUCACUUCCAACGGCGGCCUUCUCCUCCCCCCCAAGGAUCAACUCUGGGCCCGCCUCUCCAAGGGUCUGCUGGGCUGGGACAGUGGGGCCUUUGGGGGCACACGCCCGGCUCCCAGGCCCCUAUUUUUCCCCCCGGCAACUCGGCGGGUGUGGGCCCAGGCACCCAAGUCUCGAAGGCAGGGCUCGCUUCCACGGGGCUUCGCUGGGGAACCAACCCCUCCAACCCCUAGUCAGGUGUCCACAAGUGGUCGGCGGGCCUACCGUUGCCUCUGCCCAGCGUCCGACCCCCGGUGCCGGGGCGCCCUGUCCAUGUCCACCUUCGGCAUCACCUCGGAGCGCAGUGUCCCUGCGGACGUGUUCCAGAUCCAGGCCACCUCCGUUUACCCCGGGGCCUACAAUGCCUUCCAGAUCCGCAGCCCCAGGGAGACUUCAAUCAGACCCGUGACAGGCCCUCGCGAGUACGUGCUGGAUUUGGAGAUGGUCACCAUGAACUCCCUCAUGGCUCGGGCCGCUCAUUGCUGA